UUUUUGCACAUGCGCAGAGAGGUGCUGGGGCGGGUGGUCUCUAGAGUUGCGGGGUUUUGACUGAGCGGAGAAAGUGGGGAGGCCUUAAUACUAUAGCUAAUAGUGUUGUUAUUAUCGCUGGUGCAGCUGUAUUUAGUUAAAAAAUAUACUUGAAAAAUACAAAAAUACGGUAUGAGAAGGAACGGGUUCAAGAGCAGAGACGGGCCGGGUUUCGCUCAUCAGCGCAACAGCAGUUCAGAGGGGCUGGAUAAAAUUGACAUGUCUCUGGAUGAUAUAAUCAGGCUGAACAAGAAGGAGCAGAGGAACAUCCAGCCGGCCCGGUUCUCCCAGGGCAAGCCCAGAAUGACCUGGAAACCCCAGCAGGGCUGGCGAGCGCCUCCGAUUCUGAGAACGGCAUGGCACGGGACCCAGCAGCAGCAACAGAGAGGCCUAGGGAUCAACAGGCUAGGAGUCCGAGGGAAGAAGCUGCUGCCUGCUGUGGGGAAGAGGCGUGCCCAGGGCAUCGGCACGUGGCUGGCUGCCAGAAAACCUGGAGCACUGCAGAAAGGAAUCAGCCCACUAAACAGACCCACUUUCACUCAGAUGAGACCCCAUCUUGGGUUGAAGAGAAGGAUGCUCCCUUACAGACAGACUGAUGUACAGAGGAGGCAACUGCCAGCUGUGACAGGGCCUGUCGAGCUCAGGAGGAAUGUUUUGCCAGCCAGCGUCCCCAGUCCAGCAGCCCCACCACUAGCACCACAUCACCACCCAGCUCGCCAGACCCAGAAGGAGUUGCGUCAGGCCACCUUCCUGUCCAGGAGAGGGCUCAAGGUUCAGACUCAUUUGCCGACGGUGCCAAGCCAGCCACCAAUGACCCAAAGAACGCAGCAAUGGCGCACAUCCACCACAGAUGGAGGCAUCCUGACUGUAUCCAUCGACAACCCGACUGCCAGAACGGUGCCACCAGACCCCCCCAGGCCGCGGGUCCUGCGCCCCCCGAUGCCUCCUGCCCCCCUGAAGCUAGAAGAUCUGGAGGAGAAGAAAGUCCCCAAAGGCGUGUCUCUGGAGUUUGACAUAAACAGCGUGGGGAAGCAGACGGCCCUGACCCUGAAUGAACGGUUUAAAAUCCUGAAGGAUCAGAGGACGGCUGUCGCUCAGACUAAAGGGAGUCGCUUUGUUACAGUGGGGUAAAGAGGUGCGCCAGCCAGCUUGAAUGAGGAGGCAGCCGUCCAGCCCCCACUGAAGUCCUCACCGAAUCUGCAGGGAGCAGUUUCCCGUUCCUAAUUCAGGGACCUGAUACAGCAGAUGUGUUAUUUGUAACCCUUACUUACUUUGUACAAUGUUAAAAAGAGUAUGCCAGCUGGGAUUUCAUUUCGAGGUUAAUAGUGAUACAAAAGAAAAGGACUUGGGGUUGAGAGAGGUGGAGACACACAUGGUUGUUUUUUUUUAUAUAUACAUGUAUAAAGUUUCUUAAAAAAAAAAAGAGGGAAUUGUAAAAAUUAUUUUGUAUAAAAACCAAAACUAAUUUUAUCAGUGUUCUUUUAAUAAGCUCCACCAAGUAGAGCAUUUGCUUUUUUUUUUAAGAUCUGUUUUAAAAGUGACCCUCUGUGACCUUGAGAGUCUGUGGCUCUUCUUUUCAGCAGUUCUCCCCUCUCGGUUCACACACCCGCACCCAGUUCUGCGACUCUUCUGAGACGAGCUGUGUCCUUUUGUGUUGGGCUGUCUGAUUGCCCGCACUGAGGAUGUUUGCCCCUGUGCUUGUUUAUCACGGUUACGGUAAUUGUUGUACAUGGUUUAUAUACAAAGAAAUGCAGGGCAGCAGUUGUGUGUUCAUGCUUUCUUGUGUAGUGUUUUUUUUUUGUUUUUUUUUAGUAAAAAAAAAAGAAAUAUUAAAUUCCAAGUGUUGAAUUCUGAAUGUAAAAAAAUAAAUAAAUAAACUUUUUUUUUAAAUAAA